GACAGUGUUCAUUUAGAGCAACAGUUCCACUGCAUUCAGUUCCUGGCUCUCCACUAGAGAGCCUUCGCCCAGAUGCCAAGUGUGGCCUUGAAGUGUCAGUGUACAUCCAAGAGUCCCUGCUUUCUGUAUCACAACUUUCAGGUGGCAAUCUCCUCAGGGUUACCUUGGAGGCUGCUUAUUCUGUCCCUGAAGUGUUUGUUCCCACAGGACCCCAGCAAAACUACAUGGUUUGCUUGCAAGUACCAACUGUUGGAGAGAAAGAGUACCCCUUGGCAUUCAAGAACGGGAUCCUGAAGCUUGGUGGUGAAAAAGAGCCAAUACCUCGGCCAAAAAAAUGGCCCAUUAGCAACAUCCUGGCACCAGGAGCUCAAAACAUUCCAGACUCUUUUAUUGUUGGUGGCCCCUAUGAGGAGGAGGAUGGAGAGCUCAACAAAACAGAGGACAGGGAAUUUAGGAUUCAGGCAGAGAGCAUAAAGAAGAGAAUUGUUUGGGACUUGGAAAGGCGCUGUUACCUAGACCCUCCAGCAGUUCUCAGUUUACAGAAGCGCAUUGCAGAGUGCCGGUACUGGCCAGUGGAGAUUACCAGGGUGCCUGUGGUUACUUCUACCAAAGGGAAAUCUAGCAAGUUAGACAAGGGAGAUGAUGAUGGACAGAUUUUCUUCCAUGGCGUGGCAUACGUCAACAUGGUGCCUUUGCUGUACCCUGGUGUGAAGCGCAUACGAGGGGCUUUCCGUGUAUUUGCAUAUCAAGACAGUGAGGUGUUUGGGAAGACUAAGUGUCUAUUCAGCAUUUUACGUGAUCUUGGGCAUCAAGCCAAUCUGAACAAAUUAGGGCCAGUGAUCGCAGCAGCCAGCUCCCCUCAUUCAAAAGCUAUGCCCAGUAGGAACCAGAAAGAGGAUAAAAUGACCAAAGAGAAGGAUGUUCUAAGAAAGAUGUCCACUACGCUAAAAUCUCAGGUGUCAGAGACUGCUAUAGAAACUGAAGCAACAGUGUGUCAGAACCUGGAAGGACAGCAAUAUGUAGAUGCAGGGACAUUUCUGGUGAUGGAAAUAGAGCUGGCCAAGGCCUUGGUACCAAAACGAUUGCCGGAGGAGCUCGCCAGCCGAGUUAAGGAGAUGAUUCCUCCACGCCCUCAGCUACCACGCCGGAGUGCAGGAGCUAAGAAGGCCGUGGAAGAUUACCACAAUCAGAUCACUAGUAUUGCUGGAGCCAUCCUGGAUGAGUACCAUGAGCUGUUUGGGAAGCAGAUGGUUGAUGGUGGUGUAAUAGAUCAUCACACCCUGGAGGAACAGAAGUGUCAACUGAACUAUGAACUCAACAGCUCAGGAAAAUACUUUGCUUUUAAGGAACAGCUGAAGCAUGCAGUGGUGAAGAUUGUGAGAGAGAAGUACUUGAGGACAACAGCAUUCAACAACCUGGAGCAGCUACAAGCUUUCCUGAGUGAGCUGUAUGUAUACCUGGUGGAUCAGAUGCACGUUGCUUUAAAUCAGAUACUGUCACAGGAGAGUACUGUCGUUGCCUCACCCACCUUCACAAGCUGUGAGCAGCUGCGACUCUUUGCUCAUGAAGCCGAAGUCAAUGAGGACUAUGCUCUGGCAUCUGUCUACUAUCAGGAGAGGCUGGCUCGUGACCGCCAGAUUGUCCAGCACUGGCUAGAUUAUGGGGCAUUCUGCCUCCUGAUGGAGGAAAAUAUCAAAGCCCAGGAGUGUUUUCGUGAAGCUCUUUCUCUGAAUCCAAGUCACCUGCACAGUUUGCUGCUGUGUGGUAUCAUAGCUGUCAUGAUGGAGCACUAUGAAGAGGCAGAAAUCUUCUUUGAGGAUGCCACCUGCUUGGAGCCAUCCAGCAUCCUGUCCUGGACUCUCUUAGGUUUGUUCUAUGAAAUACAGGAAAAUGAUAUUCGGGUGGAGAUGGCCUUCCAUGAGGCUAACAAACUACUGAAGGCACGACUGGCCAAAGAGAAAAAUAUCGCUGAAGCUGCUGAAGGAGGAGGAAAAAAGCUACACACUCUCUCUGCCACAGUUCUAAGAACUGUCACUUCUCCCCAGGAAGACACGCUACUAGUUCCAGAUGAGGCUCCAGAUGGCUCCCCGAAAGUACAGCCAGAUUCUGUAGAGCCUGUUGUAACCAUCCAGCUGCCUGAAGAUGAUCCUGCAGUUAAACUGACCAAGAAACUUUCCCCCACUCUCAGUAAGAACAAGGAGACGUCCCAGAAAGUAAUGAAGAAAACUAGUGGAGGAGCACUUGAUCCAUCACAUGCGGUGGCCCCUGUCCCCCUUCCUGGACUUUCACAGCCCUCCCACACAAUCUUCAUGGAGACCAUACACUUCUUGAUGGAGGUCAAUGCUCUACAGUUUGUUCACAGGGCACUGGCACAUGAGCUACUGUGCCAGCAGGAAGGACCCAGCUGUGAGUAUUACCUAGUGCUGGCACAAACACACUUGCUCAAGAAGGACUUCUCUAAGGCUGAAGAAUGUCUCCGAGAGGCUAUCCAGAUUGACUACCUGAAUCCAAAUGCUUGGGCACAGAAAGGGCACCUGUGCUACCUGAGUGGAAAUCUUAGUGAGGCAAAGGAAUGCUAUGAGCGAACCAUCAGCUUUGUAACGGAUGCUUCUGAGAUACACUUUGUUUACCUGCGACUGGGGUCGAUCUAUCUGAAAGAGAAAGAGUAUGAUAAGGCAAAGCGCACCUAUAUGCUGGCCUGUAAGAAGUCCUCAUCCUGCCUGACCUGGCUGGGAGUAGGAAUCGCCUGCUACAGGCUGAAAGAAAUUGCGGAGGCAGAAGAUGCCCUCUCUGAGGCCAAUGCCCUGAAUAACAACAAUGCCGAAGUGUGGGCAUAUCUAGCGCUAGUCUGCAUGCAAGGAGGAAGGCAGUUGGAGGCAGAGCAGUCUUACAAAUACGCAAUGAAGUUAGAGCUGAAGAAUGAGGAACUGCUCCAGGAAAUCCAUGAGGUACAGCGAAUGGUUGGCUUUGGUAAUCCAUCGUUCUGA